AUGGUUUUGUGGGUUUCCCAUCCCAUGUGGGGUUCAAUGGUGGACUUGUGUGCAAGUGGUGAAAUUGAGAUGGCGGGUAACUCGAACAGAUUGUGCGACCAAAUACAAAGAUGGCUGCUGGAGGAUAAUGACGACGACAACAUUUCGAGCGAAAGUGAGGAAGGUCGAGAAUCCGCGGAACAAAGUGGAGCGCUUGGAUCUCCUCACCAUUCUGAUACGGAACAAGAUGGCGAGGAAGACGAGGACGAAGAUGAAGACGUGCAUCUAUCGACUUUGGCUUCCUAUCAGUCUCAUAAUGGUACAAAAUGGAGCAAGAUUGCACCGCCCACUUCAAGAACCAGAUCUCACAACAUUUUAGUCCGUCCACCAGGCCUAUGUGCAAGUGGUGAAAUUGAGAUGGCGGGUAACUCGAACAGAUUGUGCGACCAAAUACAAAGAUGGCUGCUGGAGGAUAAUGACGACGACAACAUUUCGAGCGAAAGUGAGGAAGGUCGAGAAUCCGCGGAACAAAGUGGAGCGCUUGGAUCUCCUCACCAUUCUGAUACGGAACAAGAUGGCGAGGAAGACGAGGACGAAGAUGAAGACGUGCAUCUAUCGACUUUGGCUUCCUAUCAGUCUCAUAAUGGUACAAAAUGGAGCAAGAUUGCACCGCCCACUUCAAGAACCAGAUCUCACAACAUUUUAGUCCGUCCACCAGGCCUAGUAGGUGUAGCAAAAGACGCUAAAACGGCUCUCCUAUCAUUCCUGCUGUUUUAUCACGCUGAUAUUUGGAACGUGCUUGUUGAUUCAACAAAUAUUUAUAUUUGUAUCAUAAAAAGCAAAUACCAAAGAGACAGAGAUGCGUCUCAUACCGACGUGAUAGAAAUCAAGGCACUUUUUUGA